AUGGCUACUGAGGACUAUGAACUGGUCAAGACUAUUGAUGACACUAAAGAAGCUUCCUCCCUUAUUGUUAGAGUGAUUAGGAAGUGGUGCCAGCUCUAUAAGAGUCCCCCUCAUCAUUUAGCAUGUAUUAUGUUCGUUUUUAUAGAUGAAGAGGGCAAUAAGAUACAUGCUGAAGUCACAAACAAACAACUUCAUGAGCAGUAUAAGCGAGAGCCAUCUGAAGGAGACAUCAUUUACAUUGAAAAUUUCACAAUUUCACCUAACACAUGGCCUUAUAGACCCACAUCUCAUCCAUGGAGGCUGCAGUUCCAUCCUAACACUUACAUUAGACCUCAUGAUGCUGAGCUUCCACGCAAUUCAUUCAACUUUGUCUGUUUUACAAAACUUCACGAGGACAUGAAAAAAAAAGAACUUAACACUGAAGUUCUUAUUGAUGUCAUUGGCUUUUUGAAAUCAUUUGGUGAUCUGAUAGACUCAAGGACAGAUAAUGCAGCACAAAAUCGUUUAAGCUAUACUUUAGCAGAUGAAGAGGAUGUCACUGUUAACUGCUUAUUAUGGGGAGAGACUGCAACACAAACAUAUUGGGCCAAGCAGGAUGACAUGGACCCACCAAUUAUUGUAUUGAUGCAAUUUGCUAGGAUCAGUGUGAAAAAUGGAAUUUUGCAACUGUCAAACUCCUACACUGCUACUAGGAUCACCUUUAACCCUGACAUUCCAGAGGCAAAGGACCUACUUGAAAGGCUUCAACAGUCAACAAACACAUCAUCUCUUAGCUUUACACAAACAAUUCAGUGUGAAACAAGUCAAAAUUCUUCCCUUUCACUUCUACAAUUUCCUGACAGAUUCCCAAUAUCACAUAUUGCUCAUAUUGACGAGGAAAAGGAAUUUCUGAUUAAGGGAACCAUCAAGAAACUACAAACAGGAAAUGGUUGGACUUAUGAUGGUUGUGACAUCUGCACCAGUAAACCAAUGGAGCAAAACAAUAAACAAUUUUGCAAUAUCUAUUUCGAAUCCACUACACCAUCUCUGAUGCCUCUGGAUAUAUAUCAGUUGUCUUCUUUGAUAGACAUGCUGUGGAACUACUCUACAACCGCUACUGUUCUAAAAAAUGAAUUGAUAGAGGUUGAUCUCAUACACAUUACAAUCUUUGUCCUUUAA